AUGCAAAGCCUACCAAUUCUUGCCUGCCUCCUCACACUGUCAGUUUUUGCGCCGGAAAUUCAUGGCCGGGAGCUCAAACGUUGUUCUGUGAAACUUUUUGAUAUUCUAAGCGUAAUUUGUGGAACUGAAAGUGAUGCAGAAAUUCUACAAAAAGUCGCAGUGAAAUGCUGCCAGGAGCAGUGUGGGUUUGAGGAAAUGUGCCAGCAUGCCAACUUGAAAAUCGACAAAAUUUAAUAUCAAAAUUGUUAUUUAUUUUUGUUAAUUUGUUAAUAAAUAUUAUAUUU